CGAGGCGGUACUGGGGAAACCUUCAGGGCUCUCAAUGGUCCCCAUCAUUGCCCCGGUGCCGCCUCAACAUCAACACUCGUCCUACGACGAGCUGGGCGAAUUCUAGCUCCGUCCGAAUCCCCCCGAAUGGAGCUAGAAUUCGCCCAGCUCCAGAAGGACGAGAACGGCGGUGUCCUCCGUGAACUGGCUGAUUUGCACUCUUUCAAAUCAGCUGGUUCACGGGGGUCAUCGCCACACACCCACAGGCUGCGCCGAGCCGUGCCUGGACGGUGCGAGGAUGGCAAGUUGAAUGAACGCAACUAUACAUGUUUCCUCAAGGUGAACAGCCUAAAGUGUGACGAUGACCUCGACCGACAUUGCCUUUCGGGUGAUCUACCAACUUGCAUGAAGCAAACGGGUCCACCUCUUCCUUGCGGGUCCUUUCAACAUCCUCGAUCCACAUCCAAUGGGCGAGUUCACACGAGAGGUCGCUCCAGUCAGAUGAGAAAACUCUCGGAUUUUCGCUCCUAUGAGUCUAGGCAGGUGUACCCUAAAGAUGAGCCACAAGAAAAAAAGAAAGCUGUCACUAACGUUGCGCAUGCAGUCACAUGUCACCAGACCGCAACUCCAUUUAGCACAUGCACCAGGUGCCGCGUUCUCAUGACCAACUGUGGACCG